CGGGGGGUACGAACGGGAACCUCGGCGGUGCCGGGGGGAUGCUGAGGGGAGCCCUCAGGUGCGGCGUGGAGCGGGGCAUGAGCAGCUCUGGGCAAGGAUUGGGGGUUUGCUGGCAGCUGGGCAAGCUCAGGGCUCCUGGCAGCCUGCAGGGGCUGGGAUGGCAAUCCAGCCAGGCCUGAGCAGACUGGGAGGAUCCAGCAGCUCAAAGUGAUUUUUUCCCCCCCCAGAUUUUCCCUUUAUUAUGAGCUGUUCCUCAAGGAUAUUCUAGUUCUGUGUUUCCUGGCAUGGAGGUGCCCUUGGUGCUUCUCCUGGCCAGGCUUGUGGCAGAAAUUGCUGGAAAAUCCACAGAAAACUCGGUGCCAGGGCCAGGAUGUUGUUUGGAAAAUUUGGAUCCCAACAGCUCCUGCCCCGUGAACCAACCCUGCAGCCCAGGGUGUUACCGGCGCUGGAACGAGGACGGCAGCAGCAGCUGCGUGCAGUGCAGGAACGGCACCGCGGACUGCAGGGACGGGAGCAGAGGGAGCAGCUCCGCCCUGAACCUGAGCACAGCCACGCCCCAAAUCCUGACCCUGGGGGGCCCCGAAGUGGCCGCCUCGCUGAUUUUGGGGACGUUUUGCCUCAGUUUGUUCCUGAUCCUUUCUGUGGCUUCUUUCUUCUACCUCAAACGAGCCAACAAACUGCCCCAGGUGUUCUACAGGAGGAACAAAGCAUCUGUUCUCCAGCCCAGUGAAACAGCAUCCAUGAUCUCUCCUCCCAUUUCUUCAGUGCGGAAGCCGCGCUACGUCCGGCGGGAGCGCGCCCUGAGCCCGGCCAGGGCUGGGGCUGUGGCCAGCAGGGUCAGCAACGUCUGAGCCCACCCAGCCAGGCUGUCCUGGGCCAGCAGGGUCAGCAACGUCUGAGCCCAGCCAGGCUGUCCUGGGCCAGCAGGGUCAACAAUGUCUGAGCCCACCCAAACUGUCCUGAGCCAGCAGGGUCAGCAACGUCUGAGCCCAGCCUGGGUGGGUCAGCAGGGUCAGCAAUGUCUGACUGACCUGUCCUGGGCCAGCAAUGUCUGACUGACCGGUCCUGGGCCAGCAGGGUCAGCAACAUCUGAGCUCAGCUAGCCCAGAGUGUCCUGGGCCAGCAACAUCUGACCUGAGUGUCCUGACCCCAUCCCAGAUGUUCUGACCCCACGCUGGGGUGUCCUGGGGUGUUCUGACCCCACUCUGGGUGUCCUGACCCCAUCUCAGAUGUCCUGACCCCACUCUGGGUGACCUGGGGUGUUCAGGGGUGUCCUGACCCCACCCUGGGGUGUCCUGGGGUGUCCUGACCCCACUCUGGAAUGUCCUGACCCCAUCCCAGAUGUCCUGACCCCAUCCCUGGGGUGUCCUGGGGUGUCCUGACCCCACUCUGGGUGUCCUGACCCCAUCUCAGAUGUCCUGACCCCACUCUGGGGUGUCCUGGGGUGUUCAGGGGUGUCCUGACCCCAUCCCUGAGAUGUCCUGACCCCACUCUGGGUGUCCUGACCCCAUCCCUGGGCUGUUCUGACCCCACUCUGGGUGUCCUGAUCCCACCCCAGCUCUGGAAUUCCCUGGGUGCCGCUGACCCCGCAGGAUUUUGUGCCAAAUCUUCCCCCGAGCGCGAAGGCGGCGCCGGCUCGGGGACGUUUUGGGGUUUUUGGAGGGUCCUGGUUCUGCUCCUGAGGAUGGGGGAGAAUUCCCAAGGGAUUUGAGGGAUUUAUGGGGAGAAUCCAUAAGGAAUUUAAGGGAUUUUUUUUUUUCCUGUUGGUUGGGGAGAAUUCCUGAGGGAUUUUGUGAACUUGUGGGGAGAAUCCUUAAGGAAUUUGGGAGGGUUUUCCUGUUUGGGGGAGAAUUCUUGAGGGAUUUCAGGGUUUUUUCCUUCUUUGGGGGAGAAUUCCUGGGGGAUUUGGGGGAUUUUCCCUGUUUGGAAAGAAUCUUUAAGGAAUUUGGGGAGAAUCCUUAAGGAAUCUUGGUGCAUUUCCCUGUUUGGGUGAGAAUUCCUGAGGAAUUUUGUGAACCUGUGGGGAGAAUCCUUUGGGAAUUUGGGGGAUUUUUCCUGUUUGGGGAGAAUCCUUUGGGAAUUUGGGGACUUUCCUUGGGAUGUGACCCCAAACCUGGAGCUGACAGCGCUGCAGGCCCCAAAAUCCUGGGAUUUGGGAUGUUGGAUCCAUCCCAGGAUCCUGCUUUAACCUGGGGCAAGGUGGCAGUGAUUAAUCAUGCUAAUUAAUGAUGCUAAUUAAAGAUGGAUAAUUAAUGAUGGCAAUAAUGAAGAUGCAGAAUCCUCUGGAAGCAAAUCCCAGACCAGGAGCAUUUUCCUUCUCUCUUGGUGCUCGAUCCAGGCCUGACCCCAAAUCUGGGAAUUUUUAUUUUUAUUUUUUAAUUUUUCCAGCUCAAUCCUUGGCUAAAGAAUUCUCCAAGGAUUGUCCCUGCUCCAUUCCUUGUGGAAAUGAGGGAAUUGCUGGGUUUGCAGCAGUCAGGGAUUUUUGGGAUGAGCCAGUGGAAAAAUGGGAGUAGGUUUUU